AGCCGUGGAACUGCAGCUCUCGGCGACCAACAACAAUAUCCUGGCGAGGUAUCCCGGCCAGGAUGACUACGUCAGUCCUCUGAAAUCAACGCGGGCGGUCGUGGGCGGUCUUGCAGAACUCCCUUGCAACAUCACCUCGCCCAUUCUCGGGGAUCCGCCUCUUUUGGUCCUUUGGUACAAGGCCGGGUUGCAUAAGCCUAUUUACAGCUAUGACGUCAGACGCGGGCCCCCGAGCUACUGGGCUAACCCUUCCGUGCUGGGCGAUCGUGCAAAGUUCGACGCUGCAACGGCCUCGCUCGUCGUGCAACGCGUGCAGGAGGAGGAUGAGGGGAUGUUCCGAUGCAGAGUGGAUUUUCGCACAAAUCCCACCCUGACCUUUUCUAGUAACCUUACUGUGAUUGUGCCGCCUCGGAGGGUCGCCGUGUACACCGAGAGGGGCGUCGAGGCCAGAAGUAUCGUGGGCCCCUUUACCGAAGGCGACACCCUCCGUCUGCUCUGCCGGGUCGAGGGGGGGUCGCCGUCCCCUCAGGUCACGUGGUGGGAAGGGUCGGAGCUCCUGGACGCGACCUUAGACAGCAGUGACCUCGGCUACGUGACCAACACCCUCGAAAUCUCGCCGCUAACGAGGGAGGAUUUGCACCGAACGCUCACGUGUCAGGCGACCAACACAAACCUCACGGCUCCGCUCGCCGCCACCGUCACCCUCGAUAUGAACUUUCCUCCCCUGUGGGUUCGCCUCUUAAGCAGCCGUGACCCCCUGAGUGCCGGACGCCAAUACGUGGUGGUGUGCCAGGCCGUGGGUGCCAAGCCGCCUGCGAACAUUACGUGGUACCUCGGCCCUACGAAACUCACCACGCAUUUUGAAGAGCGGAGCCACGAAGGAAACGUCACGACGAGCUCUCUCCGGCUGACGCCCACGGUGGCUGACGCAGGGCAGGUGCUGGCGUGCGUUAGCGAUUCCCGGACCGUCAAGACAAGGCUGAUGAUGGACGAGUGGAAACUUGACAUAUAUGAUGUCCCGGUGGCCAAGAUCCAGCCUGGAGGUUCGCUAAAUCUAAGUAAUAUUGAAGAAGGCGAUGAUGUGUAUUUUGAGUGUGCAAUUGAAGCCAACCCGAGGGUGUACAAGAUCGUUUGGAGGCACGAGGACCAGGAACUUCGCCACAACGUGUCUGCGGGCGUCAUCACCAGCAACCGCAGCCUCGUCCUCCAACACGUGUCGAGGACGGCUUCGGGAAGGUACCACUGCGUCGCCUCCAACAUCGAGGGUGACGGGAAGUCGGAGGAUAUUACACUCAGCGUCAAGUACUCACCUGUAUGUCGCGAAAACCAAAUGAUGUAUCACGGAGCCGCCAGGUAUGAGCAGGUCAACAUACCAUGCUCCUUGGACGCCCAUCCGCCCCCCAUCUCCUUUCGCUGGACUUUUAACAUACAAAACAUCACUCAGGAAGGAACACCCGUGUGGGUCAACUUUUGUACACGAGUCAAAAUAGAAAGGGGUUAA